CUGCAUAGCCCAGAUGUGGGCCAACGACUCGACUGUUUCUCCUGAGCGCCAUGCUGCGGCUGCUGCUGCUGGCGCCAUUUGGCGCGCGGGGCAUGGAGUGCUCGUCCAUCCUGGACGGCACCUCCUGCGGGAUCAACGGGAGGUGUGGCACGGAUCCCAGCACGCGAGAGAGCAAGUGCCUGCUGGAGGACGUCAUCGCCUGCGAGGGAAAGGCGAAGGGAGACACCUGUACCCUGUCGGUGGGCAAGAGCUCCCAUACCUAUAUCUGCACGGAGGACGGCUCCGGGCUGCGGUGCUCGGAGGACUGCGGUCCAAGACCCGACGGCGUGGACUGUGAGCAGUUCAUGUGGCAGCUGUCCUCAACGGACCUGUACAUGAGUGACUCCAAAUGUGGCACUUCUGCGGUGUCGGCAGAUCGAAAGUGCCUCCCUCGGCAAGAGGUGGCCUGCGAGGGAUUGAGCGCUGGGGCGGUGUGCUCCUUCUUCAAAGACUCGGAGGAUGUGAGCGUUUGCCAGAGCUCCGGCGGCGGCUUAGAGUGCUUGCCGGCCAACGCAGCACCUGCAGGUGCCCAAGAGGGUGACUCCUGCACCAAGUACGUGAAGAAGAGUAACCGCUGCAGUUCUUACGACCUUAGCUACCGCAGCAAGUAUGGCAGGGAGUCCGCCUCGGAGCCGCUGGUCUGCCUGGAGGGCGACAAGGCGGCGUGCUACGGGAAGCCGCGGGAUGCGCCCUGCGACGGCUACGAGGACGCGGGCUUCGAAUCGAAGCCGGGUGGCGGCUGCCUACCUGGCCCCUUUCUCUUCAAAUACACUGGCGGCUACUGUGAUGACAGAGAGACCUGCGACGGGGCGACCAAGGGCGAGCAGUCCGCGCUCAUCGCCUCUGCACGCGGCCUCAGCCUCGGCUUCGGCUUCUCGCUUGCGAUGCUGGCGCUGUGAACCCGCCCUUUGACGCAAGAGGCGGCCGGCGGUUUCCUUUGGGUUGGCCUAGGGCACGUGGAUAGCUGG